GAAGUAGUAAUGCAAUUAUUUAUUUGAUAAAAAUGGAGAUGGGCAGCAUAUAGUGAUAUUUGCAGAGAAUGGUGGUGAGGUAGAAUUAUUAAGCUGGUAGGUAGUGUAGAGGAGAGGGGAAAUAAAGGGUUUUUGCAGAGAGUGUACGUAUGAUAUAAAUAAAAGCAGGAAGUAGAGUAGGUAGCUACCACCAUAUAUAUUCAGCUUCUUCAGCUUCAUCAGCUUCACCAGGUUCAGCUUAGCUAGCUUCUGAGUUCUGCAAGACAAGUUAAGUUGUCGCAGAUACAAACAUCCAUACAUGGACAAAAAAAUAGUCCUCACAAGGCCAUUCUCAUUGGAGAGGCAAUCAGAUGAGGACACAAACCCUAAAGCUCCAAACAUUUUCCGCCGCAUACUUAGUCUCUUUAAGAAUGUCCGCCCAGGAUCCGAUGUCUCUUGCUUCAAGCUUCCACCUGAGUUCAACAUGCCCAAGUCAGAACUUCAGUGCUAUGCAGAGUGCGUAUAUUCCACAGCAUUAGACAUCCUAAGCAACCUCAACGGUGGCAACACACCACUGAAUAGACUCAUAAAUGUUGUAGCAUGGACCAUUUCCACAGUGCGCCCCUUUUGGGUUGGUGUUGCUCCCUACAAUCCCACUCUUGGUGAGACUCACCAUGUUUCCAAAGGAACCCUCAAUGUCUUACUCGAACAGGUUUCACAUCACCCUCCCGUCUCUGCACUCCAUGCAACCGAUUCUAAGGAGAACAUAGAAAUUAUAUGGUGCAACUCUACUUCUCCAAAAUUCACUGGUACUUCAGUAGAAGUUCGUGUGCAUGGCAUACGACAGUUGAAGCUCCACAAUCAUGGAGAGACGUAUGAAAUGAAUUCUCCUGAUCUCCUUCUCAGAAUUUUCCCUGUCCCUGGAGUUGAUUGGGUUGGCAAUGUCACUAUCCGGUGCAUAGAAACAGGCCUUGUCGCAGAAUUAAGCUACCAUAGCCAAUCUUUCUUUGGGUUUGGGACAAACCGGAGACUGGUUAAAGGGAAGAUCUUUGAUUCUUUAUCUAAGAAAAUUCUGUAUAAAAUUGAAGGUCAUUGGGACAGUACUGUAACAGUGAAGAAUACAGAGAAUGCAGAAGUAAGAGUGAUCUAUGAUGCAAAACAAGUUAUAUCAGGACUCCAACCUCCUAUUGUGAAGGAUCCAGAGAGUGUGUGGGCAACAGAAACAGCUCAUGUUUGGAGUGAGUUGAGCGAAGCCAUCUUAAACAAAGAGUGGGAAAAAGCAGAAGAAGCAAAGAAAAGUAUAGAAGAAAGACAAAGGGAGCUUCGCAGAGAAAGAGAAUCAAAAGGAGAAAAUUGGGUUCCUAAACACUUUACUGUGUCUUACAGCAAAGAAAAGGGUUGGAACUGUUCACCGAUUGAAAAGUGGGUCCCAAAUGCCCCUAUCAUCUCCUUGUAAACUUUUUUUGUAUGUUUCAAAACCUUUUCCAAGAAACAACCACGUACUGCAUCAUCGUUUGCAUCUGUGUUUUAAAACGAGGUGGUUUGAUAUCGUGAAAGUCAUCUAUGCAUGGUUGUUAUGAAAAGCAAUAAGUGAAGCAGGCAUUGGUUUUGAAUUCUUGCUAUGAACUGUCGAAUUUGGCACAGAAAGAAGAAAAAGAAUUGAAAGAACAAUGUGUGUGUGAUGAGAGAUAUUAGUGUUGGAAAUGGGAGAGAAGAAGAGGAGUAGAAGAUGAAGGCACAUGCAUCCCAUGUGAAUAUGCAACUCUCACAAUGAAUGAAGAGUGAGGAAUGUGAAAGAUUGAAAGAUUCAAAAUGUGCGAUCCAAGAAAGUUCCACGUAGCUUUGAUUCUUCCACCUGUUCUAUAAAUCCUUUAUGGUGAAAGUAUGGGUUCCAAAAUCAA